AUGGAUGGCUCUAUGGUGUUGCAUCAAGAAGCUGCAUAUGAUGAAAAAGAAGCUGAGAAUGAAGGAAAAGAAGCUGCUACUGAUGAAAAAGAGGCUGAGACUGAUGAUAGAGAAGCUGAGAAUGAUGAAGAAGCAGCUGCUAAUGAUAAAGAAGUUGUGAAAGAUGAUAAAGAAGCUGCUAGAAAUGCUGAAACGUUGGAACGUCAUCUUAGGGGGGAUAGGGACAGGCAACGUAGAUAUAGAGCUCGUAAGCGACAAGAAGCUGAAUUGGGAAAGGCAUCAAGUGUUGAGAAAGAAGGUGCUAAGGAUGAAGAAGAAGCUGCUAGAAUUGCUGAAAUUUUGGAACGUUAUCCUAAAAGAGAAGCUGCUAAGGAUGAAGAUGAAACUGUUAUUGAUGAAGAAGAAGCUGCUAGAAUUGCUGAAAAAGUAGAGCAUCUUCGUAGGAAGAAUAGGGAAAAGCAACGUAGAUAUAGAGCUCGUAAGCGACAAGAAGCUGAAUUGAGAAAGGCACCAAGUGGUGAAAAAGAAGCUGCUAAGGGUGAAAGUGAAACUGCUAUUGAUGAAAAAGAAGCUGCUAAGGAUGAAAAUGAAACUGCUAUUGAUGAAAAAGAAGCUGCUAAGAUUGCUGAAAAAGUAGAGCAUCUUCGUAGGAAGAAUAGGGAAAAGCAACGUAGAUACAGAGCUCGUAAGCGACAAGAAGCUGAAUUGAGAAAGGCACCAAGUGUUUAUCAACCAGCCAGUAUUCAAUGUCUGAGAGAUUGGAAGAAAGAUGCCAGGAUGCACAAGAAACAAGAAACAUGUCCUUCACAUAGUGGUGGAUUAUUGGAAGCCAGCAAAACCAAAGGCAUUGGAAAGCAGAGGCAAGAAACAAGAGAGUCUCUGAGUAAACAAGUGGUAGAUGCAUCCAGUAUCCAAAGCACUUAA